AUCUCCAGGCCUCUGGGUACUGCUUCACUACAUUUUUGCCAGUGAACUUUGAGGCACGCCACACAAACUGUCGUCGCGAAAUGGCAUCUCAGGACAGAAUCCUUAUCACAGCUGGACCGUACCAGUUCCUGGCCGCCUUUGAGUCGUCGGCUCCUAAGACGGUAUCGGUGUUUCGAAAGCUACUACCGUACCGACAAAAAGUCAUUCACGUCCGUUGGAGCGGCGAAGCGGUUUGGGUGCCGCUGGGGGAUCAGGAUCUUGGCCUAACGUUCGAGAACCACACGAGCCACCCCAGUGCCGGCCAGAUUCUUUUCUACCCCGGAGGCUAUUCUGAGACGGAGCUCCUCUUCUGUUACGGCGGUGUAUCGUUCGCGAGCAAGAUGGGUGCCCUCUCUGCAAAUCACUUCUUGACAAUCACCGAAGGUGGCGAGAAUCUGAGACCGUUGGGCCAGCUAGUUCUUUGGCAAGGCGCACAAGAGGUCCUUUUCGAGCUAGCAGACGAGGAAAGGAUUGCCACGUUCAGGAGGGAACGACUGAACGGCCAAAAGAAUUCAAAUAUCUCCAAGUUGUAGAGAUUGAGGAUUCACGUAUAAUGGAUGAAUCUUAGGAUUGUGCAUAUUGGAUAUCUAGAUUACGCGAAAGGAUGGCCUAGACUCUGUAGAGUGCUCAAUCAGACAUACAUUCCGGUUCCUUGUUCUAUCAAUAAGGCACCUUGUAGAGUCUCUUGGAC